AAGGUUCGAGAGCUCAAGAUGAAGUUGUCACCUGCCGCCCGGAAUUGGCGCGGCCAACUGGAGAAGCACGUCCAGAGCAAUCGGAAGCGCUUCGUCCAGGAGUUCCGUCGCAAGUACCUGAAGCUCCGGACGUCGGAGUCUGAACGGUAUUAUACCAUGCGACAGAAGACGUCUGAGACCCCGAUGGAGUUCUUCUACAGGCUGAGCGAGGCUGCGGUCAAGGCGGGGAUCAAGUACCGGAAGUCCAAGAAGGAGCGCAAGCAACAUGUCAAGCGUUUCCUGAAGAAUCUCCGGGACUCCCAGCUGAAGGCCAUCCUGGCUAACCAGAAGAUUCGCAGCCUGGACGACCUCGAAGACAUCCUGGAGCAACAGGAGGACCUGAACCUAGAUGGGGGUUAUGAUACGCCACCGCCCAGGCGGGACUACCGAGCGGGCAACAUCCAGGAUUCCCGUUUUAAGCCGAGGCGCCGCGCGUUUGUGGCAACUUCGGACGGGGAGUCCGGCUACGAAUCUGAAGGUCGUGUACGUUUCGAGGAUGAAGUCGAGGAAGCCAAGCUGCCCCAAGCGGAGUCGAAGGAGCCCAGCCGGCGUGCCCCGGCUGAGGUGGCGCCAAGUGCCCCAACCGUUGCUCAGAUCCCGGAGCCUGAACUCCGUCAGGCUAUCUUCAAGGCGAUCGAGCAGAGUGGGUGGCGCCCGCCUACGCAGGGCGACUCCCAUCCAGGGUGGCAGUCGCCCCGGCCGGGAUGGCAAUCACCUCGGCCCGGAUGGCAGUCGCCCCGACGGGAAAACCCUGACCGGAACGAGUUUUGCGAGAAGUGCCUCAAGUUUGGCCACAAAGAGCAGAAUUGCUGGACGGAGAUCGUCUGCGACCGGUGCAACCGGAAGGGCCAUCCGGGAUACGCGUGUCGAGUGAAGCCGUGCUUACGCUGUGGCAAGAUUCAUGAAGGAACCUGUGGAGAUUACGACGCCUUGGAAGCCGUGAAGAAACUCGCUCGGAAAGGGAUGUUGCAAGACCUGCCUCCACCCCUGCGCAAGCAACUGCUGGGUGAAGAGGCUAAUCCGGGGUCGCCGUUAAACUAG